ACCUUCUUAAGAAACCAAAAAGAUUCAACCUCACUAUUCUAAAUAAAUAUAUAUAUAUAUAUAUAUAUAUAAAUAAAGAAUUAUGUAGUUUAUAUGUAUAUGUAUAUAUAUAAGUCCAUAGUAACGGUGGUAUUUUGUUAAUUAAGCUUAUUGUUUAUUAUUAUGGCUGUGGAGUUUAUAACCGGUUAUGAUCGUGGUGGUGAUGGUGAUCAUAGUUUUGUCGGUAACAACGAUGCAACGAGGGUGGCGGCGGCGGGAGAAGCAGCUUGUGGUGGCAUUCAGAGUGUUGAGAAGCUCAUGGACAUGAUUUCAGAACAAAAACAUGAAGAAAAUGAUGAUUAUUCAUCACUUGAAAAACAAGAAUUUGCAGGUGUUGCUGUUUCAAUUCUUGACAACAACAACAAACCAAGAACAAGAUUAUUGGGCCAUGCUCGUUUCAGAAGAGCUCCAUCAACAACUACUCUUCUUCCUAAUAAUCUUCAAUUGCAGCAAAUGGAUCAUGAAAAAGAAACAAUCAAUGCAACAAGAUUUUUUGAAUUAUCCAAAGAAAAAGAUGGUUUUUCUCCACAACAAAGAAGUAAGGAGGAGCAAGUUUCUUCUUCUUCUGCUUUCAAGCUUUAUUGUCCUACAUCAAUUCUACCCCCUCUGCCUCAAAGGAAUAGCAAUAAUUACCAUGAUUACCCUUCAAGAUUUUCCCAUAAUCAAAAGAACAAUAAUGUUGAAGCAAACAAUGGCUCUUCUACAAGCAUUGACUUUUCUACAACCAACUCUUGUACUUACUUGUCAACGUUGACUAAUAAUAUUGAUGAUGAUCAUAGCUUGCAAAUUCAAAGGGUGUCACUUAAUAAGGGUUCUUCUUCUUAUAUGCAAAAACCACCCUUAUCCAAUUCAUCUUUGAAUAAGAGGAAGUGCAAUUCAUUGGAUAAUAAUGUUCAAUCCUCCUCUUCAAAGUGCCAUUGCUAUAAGAAAAGGAAAUCGAAGUUGAAGAGAGUGAUUAGAGUGGCAGCAAUUAGUUCAAAGACUGCUGAUAUUCCAUCAGAUGAUUUCUCUUGGAGAAAAUAUGGUCAGAAACCUAUUAAGGGCUCUCCUCACCCUAGGGGUUAUUACAAAUGUUCGAGCGUGAGAGGAUGCCCUGCUCGUAAACACGUGGAGCGUGCAGUAGACGAUCCAAACAUGCUUGUGGUAACUUAUGAAGGAGAACACAAUCAUACAUUAACACAUGAUGAUUAUGCUAAUGAUGCUGUUAUCCUCCAAUCAUCUUAAUUAGUAUAUGUUAAGAAGUCUAGAUAAGCUUAUCUUGAAUUAGUAAUAGUUUAUAAUUAAAUUUAUAUAAAUUAUAUAUAUAUAUAGCUUAAGAAAGAAUCAGUUAUAUUUUCCAAAGUAUAGUAGUGGUGUAUGUAUAGUAAUCUUUCACAAGUCUUCUUGGAAUAUUGUAAUUUUUGUUGUAAUUACCUUUCUGAUUGGUCAACAAUCUGACUUAUUAGAGGCCAUACCAAUGUGUUUAUAGGAAUUUUUUUUAU